AUUCUGGGCUUUUUUGUACAGGUUUACAGGUAUCCUGGAGAGAGUCUAAUGAAGGUCCACAGAGAUGAUCAAGUGACUGAAGCAUUUCUCAAAAGAAGUACACUAGUCUCUUCAUGUGACUUGUGAAACAUAUGGUGUUCACAAGCAGAGCAGCAAGCCAUUAUUACCCAAAAGACUGUAUGAGGAGACUAGGAUUGUUGUCAUUUCUUCAGCCAUUCUGCACUUACUUCACAUAUAGACGUACUCAAUGUACUGUGAGCUUAAUAAAAUAGUCAGUACAUUGUCUUAUCUAAGAGCAGCAGAGAGCAGCUACCCCAUUGCUAACUGCAUCUUAAGAGGGAACUGACCACGCUGAUGUGCUGGCAAUUUAUUGUGUCAGUAUAGAUAUAAUGUUUGUCCCUGUCUGUCACUCAUAUCUUCAAGAAGGAGGAGCCAGGGAACUACAGACCAGUCAGCCUCACUUUGAUCCCUGGGAAGGUGAUGGAGCAGGUCAUCCUUGAACUCAUUUUCAGGCACAUGAAGGACAAGAAGCUCUAGAGUAGACAGCAUGUCUUUAUGAAGGGGAAGUUGUGCUUCACUGACCUUAUAAAUUGACAUGUUUUCUAGAUCAGGGGAGAGCAGUGGCUAGUGUCUGACAGGGAAUAAGAUCUCUGACACCGUUUCCCAUAAUAGCCUCGUCAUAGCCCAUUAGUCUGGUGCUGUAGGGGCUGGAUGGGCAGACAGUGGAUCAAAAACUGGCUGAAUGGCUGGGCCUUGAGUGUGAUGGUGAACACUGUGCCAAAGUCUGGUUGGAGACCAGUAGAUAAUACUACCCUAGGGGGAGACAGAGAGGGCUGCGCAGUGGGUCUAGUCCAGUUUAACAUCUUGUUAGUGAUCUGCAUGAUGGGGCAGAGCCUACUGUCAGCAAACUUGACAAUGGCACACGUGUGGCUGAUGGGCCAGAGGGGCAUGCUGCUGUCCAGCACAAGCUUGACAGGCUGAAGAAAUGAGGUAACUUUUCAGCAAAGAGAAGUGUGAAGCCCAGCACCUGAUGAGGAAGAAUCACCAGUAUGUGCUGGUGGACAGCAGCUUGGGAUGAUUUCAUGACGUGAGCCAGUGAUACACACUCAUGGCAAAGAGGUACCAGUAUCUUGGUUUUCAGUGAGUUUUGCCAGCAGGCUGAGGGAGAUGCUAUUCUCUUCUGCUCAGCACUUCUGAUGCAACCCCUGAAAUAAUGUUAGUUCUGGACUUCUCAAUACAAGAGAGACAUGGAUAUAUGGGAGUGUGUUCAGUGAAGGACCAUGAAGAUGAUUAGGGAAUAGGAACAUUUCUCCCAUGAUAGAGGGCUGAGAGAACUGGAACCAUUAAGUCUAGAGAAGAAAAGACUCAGGGGUGGUAUUACCAAUGUCUAUAAAUACCUGAAGGGAGCAUGUAAAGAAAAAAGAACCAGGCUCACUUCCUUGGACCUCAGUGAUAGGACAAGAGGCAGUGGGAACAAACUAAGACAAAGAAAGAAGGUCAUGUUUCCUGUGAACAUCAGGAAAGACUUUUUGCUGUGAGAAUGAUUGAGUACUUCCAUGAAUUGCCCUGGGAGUUUGUGGCCUUAUCAUCCUUAGAAAUCUUCAGAAGCUAUUUGGAAAUGGUCCUGGCCAGUGAGCUGUAGGUGGCCCUGCCUGAGCAGUGUGGGUUGAACGCCAUAACUUCCAGUGGGUUCUUGCCACCUCAGCCUCAAUUCUGUGAUGCCAUAGCUGUUUUGUAUACCUCUGAUACUGAGGCCAUUUGAAGCAGUAGGUCAUAUGAGUUCAGUAAUUUGAAAGCUGGAUUUUUCCAGAAGCAGAAUAAUAGUGAAUUGUGCAUAAAAUUACUGUUAAUUUACAGGUACUAUUAAAAAACUUAGGUGAGAAAUUAUCACUCAUGUCCUUUGGUCCAGUCUGCUAUUCAGAGCCAGUGUUAAAGUUAGUUUGCUCAGGACUGUCUAGUUGAGAUCUGAAUAUUCUACAGGGAUGGCAGUUCCCAUGGAGUACAACUUCUCUUAGCGUAGCAUUCUGUCAGCUGCAGUUGUGCAUGUGUCUUAAGGAUCAGAUGUUGAGGAACUUGAGUUGGGUAACAUAAAAGGAGUUCUGCCCAAAUGCAUCAUCUGCAAACUGCUUUUUGUAAAUUGCUAGAUUUAACAUCUACCUAUUUUCUUCAUGUAGUUGUGUGUUGAUGAAAUUAGUAUAGUUCUGCAUAUGUAAAUGUAAUUACGUAAUUUAUAAAUAUUAUUGCAAUGAUUAUGUCGGCACUUUGUUUCUCUUUGUUCAGAUUCUUGUUAUUUGUAUCCUAGUUUUUUUUAUCUCAAGUUGAAAAAUGCCUAUGAGGAUCAUUGAGUCCAACUCCCUUCUCCUCGCAGGACUAUUUAAAACUAAGCUGUAAGACUAAGACUAUCAUUCAGGUGCUUCUGGAACUUUGACAGGUUUGAUGUCAAUGAUUGCUUCCCUGGGGAGCCUGAAGAACCUUUUCCUAAUGUUCCAUCUAAACUUCCCUAGUGCAGCUUCAAUGCAUUUCCUUCUGUCCUAUCACUGGUCACCAGGGAGACGAGAUAAGCACCUUCCUCUCCACUGUCCCCUGCUGAAGAAGUUGUAAACUGUGAUGAGGUCACCCCUCAGCCUUCUCUUUCCUGAGCUAAACAAGCCACUCAUGGUCUUCCAACACAGGUUUCUGGUAGUCCCAGGGUCUGUCAUUGGUGACAGAUGUGAAGAAGGCAUUAAAUACCUCUGCUUUGCAUCCCUAUUUGUGAUGUGACUAACCACAUCAAGCAAUGGACUGAUGUUAUUUCUGAUCUUCCAUUUGCUGUUAAGAUAUUUUGAAAAGCCCCUUUUGUUGAAUUCUAAUUCAGCUUGAAUUCUAAUUGAGCUUUGGCUGCAUGAACUUUACCUGCAAUGGUAAACAGCAUCUCUGUGGUCUUCCUGUGUCGACUUAUCUUGCUUCCAAUGUCCAUGCAUUGCAUAUGUAGUACUUCUGUGCCUUCACUUGAAGAUAAUCUACAGAGAAACAGAAGUUCGUUACGUCCUGUUUUCUAAAGGACAACUCCCCCCUUCCCCUGCCUCCCUGUAUUUUUUUCUAUGAAGGUGUUUUAUGAGGAAUUUUGCUGAAAUUCUCACCUAUGGCUUGACUGUCAAAGCCAUCAUAUAGAAAAGAGAAAGAAACUGGAAACUAAAGUGAAAAAACUUGAAGAGGCUGCAACAAAGCAUGCACAGGACUUCAGACAACUAAAAACUGAAAAGAAAAGGCUUGAAAAGGAGCUGAAAAAAGCACAAGGAAAGCUUGGUGGUGUAAUUAAAGAGAAGUGCAGAAAAUUUAAACAUGCAGAAACUCAGAGUUCAAGUGAAGAUCUUGCAACGUAUAUAGACAAAGGAAGAGCGAUGUUCUUAUUAGAACAACUCCGGAUGUGCAUUGACAGUGCAAAAGGAGAAAGAGAGAAUGAGAAAAAUGAUCCUGUCUUAGACACCAUACAAAUCCACCAAAAGAUCAGGAAGAGUGAUGGCAAAACACUACCUUGGUGUUCCUCAGGGGAAAGUGCUGUAAAGCAAAAUUCUGGAACAGCGAUGAUAAUUCAAACAAGUACUGAGCCUUUUGGAGAUGAUUGUGCUGUGAACAGGACUACUGAAGAACAACUUCACAGUAGUGAGGAUAAAAAUGUAGAUGUGAUAAUACAGACAGGCAGGGAGCACAGCGCUUCAGACUUCUCCAGUCAGGAGUGGAGAGACCCAGGUGGAAAUGUGAUGGAUAUAUUGAAUUGGGCCAGACCUCUUCCUGCUCUACUUUCUCCGGUACAGCUUUCACCACUGACUACACAGGAUAUGUUCUUGGGAGAAGUCACAGGUUCCAGUGAUGAAGAAGAUGAUUGCAGUACUUCUGCACUGGAGGAUAUUUUACAAGAAGACCAAGUUCAGCCUCUGAGUUGUAAUGUAAUCAGCCCUGGUGAUGAGUGUAACAGACAGUGCAAAUCAUGUGAGCAUGGUUUUGAUGCAGAAAUCUCACUUAAUCUGAGUUGGAAUGAAAAGAAUAUUCAUAUGAGUCCUAAGACGUCAAGGAAGGAAAGAGAUGCUGAAAGAGAGCAAGUUGAAGGUGCUACUCUAACGACAAGCAUGAUAACUAACAAAAAUUGUUUGGAGGAGAAUUCUGGGGAUGUGGAAACUAAGAACAGAAAACUAACUGGAGCAACAGCACACAAAUCGGAAGACAUGGAAGAACGGAAAGGAGAGGGUGAGGACAUGAACAGUGAAGAGGGAGAUUCUUCAGCAGAUUUUAUGUUACAAAGUUUCAAGUCUCAGAAACAGGUAGAAAAAUGUAGUGUGGUAGAGCAAACAGAGGAGAAUGUAACCUUAGUUAGAGCUGUUGAUAAUGAGGGUACACAUGAAAAAUGUGAUGAAUUAGUGAAUGUAGAGAGAAAUAAAUUAAUAGCACAGAGAGAAGCUUCCAGGGAAGCAUCUGUUCUGCAGAGUGUUUCUCAUUUCCUAUCUAAGCAAUGCAUUAUGCUUCAAAGAGAAGAUGCUGAGGAAAAAUCUGAUGAGUUGAUAGAAAAUAAAUCAAAAAAUGUAGUCAAAUUAACUAAUAUAACUGGAGCUAUUGAGAUCUCUGCACACUCUCAGUGCUCUGAAAUAAAAUAUGACAGUGAAGAGAUUCUGGAGAAACAACAUAUGCACACAAAAGACAAAGUGAACAGAGAAUGUGAACCAGAGACUGUUAAAGUCUCUAGGCAUUAUUUACCUGUAUCUGCUACUGAAGGAAUCAGAAUUUUGUCAGUCUUUCCAAAUGAUGAACACCUCAAAACUGAAGACAUGAAUAUAACCAGAGCUCCAACUCCUGAACUACCUAUGAAAUUUAACAGAGGAAGUGUUCUAGAAAUAGCUGAAUUGUCAGAGCUACUCCAUAGUGCAGAAAAUGUAAAACUAGUAGAUAUAAAGGAGGUGGUAGGUUUACAAAGCAAACCACAUCACGAGGAAGAUGGUGGUAAUUUAUCUCAAAGGAAGUCAAACUUAGAAAAUAUACUUUCACUAUCAAAGACAGCAUGCAUUAUUGGUGCAGAAAGCAGUGUAGCUAAGUGUAAAUCUUCUGCGUUCGAUUUUACAGAAGUGAAAGGUGAAAUAAAACAACCUGAAAACUUAUGUAAGACAUUAGAAUGUGGGCAGUCCAAAUCUCAAAACUUUAGACUGUUUGAAUCUCUAGAGACUGAAGUCAGAGUUAAUCCAGAAGAUUGUGGAGGGGAAAUCAGUGAGUUGUUAGCAAGAAGGGAUACAAUUGAAUCUGUCUUAAUAGAAAGUAAUCCUAUUUCUGAGGAGCAGUGUGCAAAACUUCUGACUCAGCUCUUGAUAACUGAAAAUUUUAAAUGUGAUGAAAUAGAAGGGAAAUUAAAUAAACAAAGCAAGGAAUUGGUGACUGAGACUUGCUUCAGUUCACUGAAGCAGGAAAAGAAUGUUGUGAAGAAAAAUGAUAUUUCAGAGAUCAUUUGCCAUCCUACUUCAGAAAUUGAAUAUAGAAGUGGCUUGGCUUUUUCUACUCAAAAGGACUUGGAGAAAUGCUGUAUAAAUAAUGAAGAAACCAAUUCUCUUAUGCAAGUGGGAAUUGGCUUGGAAUCCACAAGAUCUCCUGAUCUAAAUUUCAGUCUUCAGAAAGUUGCUGGUUUCCUUGAAACUAACUUAGCAGGAAAGGCUGCUUUUUCCUGUACCUGGGAAAACAAGGGACAUACAAAUUCCAUUAUGAGUAGUACAUUUAACUGUUCUUCAGAUAAUUUAGAAGAGGGUGCUGAGAUUCUGUCUACUGAACAAGUCAACAUGGGCAAAGAACCAGAUUGCCCUGAGAGAGAAUAUGUACACACAAGUGAAGAGAAAACUUCAGAUAAGGAGCAGCCAGUAGAUAAAGAAUCUCAAGCAUCUGUUAAAUCACAGAUCAUAUAUGCAACCCCUUAUAAGAAUGCUUUUCUCCGAAAGUUUGAUUGUCAAGAAUCAGGAUGCAGGACUUCUACGUGGAAGGUUAGAACAGGUCCUUCUAGAACUUAUUCACUAACAGGUGGGAGAGAAAGUAAAGAACUGAACAGUUUUGUGGGUUCUGGGAAAAAUGCCAUAGUAAAUUGUAAAAGUGAUUUUGAUAUGCCAGAGCAGAGCAAUGACUCUGAAGAAAAGGACUGUUCUAUACAAAAAGUGAAAUAUGUGAAGUGUUCUGAAUGCGUUCCAAUGUUUAGAAACAAACUGAGAGCUUCCAGCAGAAUUGCAUUGGAUGCUCUGGAAACUGGUGCAAUUGUUGAUGCUGAUUACCAAGUAUGUGAGCUUCAUUCAAUGAUGCACCCAGGAAGUACUUUCACAGUUAGUCACCUAAAAGCAGACACUGUCGUGGGUAUGAACACACACUGUGAACCAAACAACUCUGGAGAUACUGCAAAUGAGUGGUCAAGUGUGACUGGGGAGAGUUAUCCUGAAGACUCAGCCUCUUGGAAAAAAGAAUGUAUAUUACUAACCUCUGAAAAUACCGAGAGUGCUAAUGAACUCAUGGAGUCUAACAUAGCUGGAUGCAUCAGUCACAAUCAGGAAAGUCUAUUAAAACCUGGAACAUCAAAAGAAAGCCCCGUGACGCCAAAGGCUUCAAAAAAUAGGUUACCACUAUGCAAGAUGUUAAGCAGAUUCUCAGAAAAUUGCAGGCUGACUGUAAAAACCAGUAAAUUAAAUGCAAGAAUGUUAGCACUUGGCAAUUUCUUAGAAGAAAAUGAUUUUGCUAAACUUCAGUCAAAUGGGAAACAAGGUUUAUUACACAGUGUUGAUAUGGGGGUCUCAGUGUUUGAAGAAUAUAAUAAUAAUAAUCAAACUACUUGCAAUACAGGAGAAAGCAGCACUGAUGUUAUCAUAGAUAGUGGUACAAAAAAAAUUUUACUCAAUUAUCUUCCAAAACCAACCCUCUCUGAUGUAAGGUGCAGUUGUCAAACAGUUGGUCAGCUUUCUGAACCACAAAAGACAGUAUUUGAGAAGUUACAUAUGGUGGAAUCAGAGUCUUGUGCUCUCAAGAAGAGCAAUAAGCGGAAGUGUAAAGAGCAAGAACUAUCUGAAAUCUUGACUGUUUCUACCAAAACAACUGCCCAAGUAAUGCAUACCAAGAUAUCAAAGAAACUGGUUCAAGGUAAAAGAAAAACAAAGACUCUUAAAGUUACUCAGCCAGUUCUUGCAAAUGCUAAUACUUCUGUGACAAAAAAAUGCUCAUCUGAGAUGAUAAAUAAAAUCAUGGAAGAGAUAGGUCCUCCUCUCCCCCCCUUGCUACUGCCUUUGAUUGCUACUCCUCCAAAAAUUGCCUGUACUGUGUCCCCGGUAAUGUCUUCUACAGGUCAAUUCUCUCUGCUUUCCCCUCUUGAUGACCUGAUGUCCCCACUAGGCAGAACUCCUGUUCUUCCUCUCAUGUCCCCAUUAACAGGUACUCCAGCAGUAAAAUCUGCUAUUUUAUUUUCUCCUCCCUCAUCCUCAGAAAUGGCAGUAGGUAGAAGGAUUCGCUCCUCACCUUUGAAAUUUUGUACUUCCAUUCCAAAGCAUGCACUUCUUGUUCCAGGAAGAUUUCCUCUCUUUGCAGCAGUUGGUGCUGGUCCAGGUGCCCCUCAGGAGAACUCUGUGAAAAUAUUGGACACUAUGUAUCCAGAGCUGUCUGCAAGGGCAAGGACACUAAACAUUCUGAAAGGCAAUAUUCAGCUUAACCGAUGUACUUUUUCAGACAGCCAAAGUUUGCCAGGACCUGUGUCUCAAGUAGGUGGAUUCAAAGCAUUUGCAUCUACAUCAACUGCUUUUGUUAAAGCUGGGAGCAAUUUGAAAUCUGAUAGUGGCAAAGACGAAGACAAAGAUGUGCAAAAUCAGCAAUUCUUUUCAAAUCAUCUUGGAAAAAGGACACUGCUGCAGGUAUCUAUGCCAAGAAGUGCCAAAAGACUGAGACUGGAGAGUGAACCACCAAGGAUGGAGCCCAGUGAUGUUAUUGCUGUCAGAAAUACUAAAAAAACCAUCUCUGAAAUGCAGGAGGCUUUCCAUGGUAUAACCUAUGAAAUCAGUGAUUCAUCACAGUGUUCCAAUUUAGAAGAAUCACUACCAGUAAAGAAGGAUUCUGACUGCCAGAAAGUUUCUUUGGCAUUAAAGAAAGUUGCUGAAUCCUGUUUUGACUUGUUACCAGUUAUCAAAGGUCAUGUGUAUGUUGGUAAUAUCUCAAAGAUUCCAGUAAUGAGAGAUGAAGAGAGAGAAGUUGUCUAUGAAUUUGGUAUAAAAAACAAGCAUUUAGCAGAGUCCUUGCUGUGUGUUAUUCUCAAUAAGCUGAAGGCUCAGAAGAAUGCCCCAAAUUAUAAUUUCAGUCAGGCUUUGUGUCGACUCUAUGCAGGAAUUUGUCGACAGUUGGGAGAUUUGGAAAGAGCCCGCCUUUUCUGCUAUAGUCUACUUAAAGAAGACUAUCCAGACUCAGAAAAAUUGAUUUUAUUUAUCACAAAUGUAUGGUCUGACAUAUUUGUCUUCCAAGGUGCAAUUAACAAAGCUAUGCAAUUAGUUGUCAGGAAGAGUGCAAGCAAUGAGAUGCUGGCCUGUUUAAGUGCUUAUCUCAACUGGGAACAGAGUUCAUCUUUAGAUGCUGGUAUUAUGGUCUCAAACCUGCUUUUAGAAAUGCAGUCAUGUACAAAAGUAGAAUUUCACCUGCAUGAGCAGUAUGGAGAAGAUCUCAGUGAAGAUGCUUGGCAGUAUAUAUUUGCUGUUGAUUUACUCUGCUCUCAUAUGAAGUGGAAUUGGACACAUGAUAAUGUUAUAAGCAAAGUGCUUUGGCCUUCUAUGGAUAACUGGAUAAAGAAGAGAAAGGGGCAUGAAACUGCUCAAUCAAUUCGUGAUAGUGUUAUAGCAUUGACACUCAGGCUAAUUGGUCGAUUAGGACAAAUAGGUUUGAAGGAAGGCUAUCUUGCUGCAGUGAAGAAUAUUAGUUCAGUAAUUGGACUGUUUGUACAGCAUGCAAAAGAGGAAGCUAUUCCUUGGGGUGUGCAGCUGGCAGCCGUAUAUUCACUAUGUGACUUAGGUUCAAGCAAUCCAGAAGGUAUUGUUGAGGCCAUCCAUACCUGGAGAGCAAAAGUUCAUUACAACAUCCCUUCUGCUAUCACAGAUGGCAUAGCUGAAAUCACCUCUCUGUGUGAAAUGGAGCUAUACUAAAAUGUAGGGAAGUGGACUGAUCCAAAGGAAAAAGUGCCUUACCAAUUAAGCAGUAGUUGUUUCCAGUUGAAAACCAUACCAAGUGGUGUGUCUUCUUGUAUUUCAUGCUUUUAAUAAGAAUGUCUGAUCAUACAAAGCAAGGUCAAGUAUUUUAUUUGGCUUUUCUCUUUGAAGGAAGAGUUUUUAUAAAAUAAAAAUACUUGCUUUUCCUAGUAGCUGAUUAGUGAUUUGAAAAUGAGUGCAUCUUGAACUCCUGAUAUGUUUCUGGUUUGAUGACAAUAAAAAUCAGUAACAGUUUUCAUUUUUCUACCUACAUCAGUUUGGAGUAUGGACUAUUUGACAGAAUAUUCAGCAUGACUUGAAAACUUGGCUCUGUUAUUUUUUACCAUUUUUAUAAAGUAACCAUUCAGAUAGCAGAGCAUUCCCCAGAUUCUGCUUCAUUUUGCUUGGGUUAUCUUAUAAACUUAAUUUAAAAUACUUGUGGAAAACACGUAGGAAUUGACUUUUUUUGUAGCCAUCAUGUAUGGAGUAACAUACUAAAUAUCUAAACUUGUAUAUAUGGUGUAUUCUGAUGUGUCUCACAUUUGAUAUUUUUUCCACUUGGAGAAUUUUGUGUAUGUAAAUAGAGAGUUGGUUAAAAAAAAGUUCAUGUUCUAAUGAUAGCUUCACUACACUCAGUUUUUGUAUCUUUCAUAAUAAAAGAGGUGAAUACUAUUGUGUUCUUGUUGACCUUUUAAAUAACCCAGAGCUAACUGUGUUUCUAGCUUAUACAAAUACUGUUUUGGGGGGCAGCAGGAAAUUGCCUGUUGAGGUAAUUUCACUGAAUGAAUUGUCCAUAACAUUGCAGUUCUGGACAUCCCUCCCAAAGUUUCUGGUAUGCUUUAGAGGCUUGGGAAGUAGAUUCAAAAAACUAUGGAAAAUUUGUAUUUUCACUCUGUGGUUGUGCCCAUGUGAAGGGGGUGAGCUUUGCUAAUGCAGAUUCUUAUUGUAAUGGGACCUAGCUUCUGACAGAGUUUUGUGGUGCUGAUACGCAUUGUGAUUUUUGUGCCUCAUCUAAGUAUGACUACCAGUGGAGUCUCCUAGCCCUCGUGAGUUUCUCUCCUCUGAGGUGAAACUGUGUAGAGCAAAGUGGCCAUUGAUUUCAGUUGCAGCUAUAGCUGCUUGCACUCUGGACCUCAGUGAGCUUACCACAAACAAUUCAGUCAAUGAAAAAUAAUCUAAUAGAAUUGGUGAUACCUGUGCACAAUAGGCAUUGCUACAGAUGUCUGUCAUGAGGGCUUCCAAUUUGCCUCAGGUUGAAACUGUAUGAUGUCUGGGACUCUGCACAUUUUGGUGAUAGUGAGGCCUUUGAAGAUUUUAUGUGUAGCCUUCAUUUACCCUUCUUGCACUGAGUACAAAAUAUCUGAAGUGGAAGAAGUCAAAAGAAAACACAGGUUGACAAUAAAAGAAAGUAUGGAUCAUAAAUCUGAAAACUAAAGGAAAUGGGAAACAGAACGAAUAAAAAAACAAAGUAGGAAACAAAGUGAGUAGAGGAUCACAGAUGCUUCAGUGCAAAAAUAUUGCAACCCAAAAAUCUUCACAGCAAAUAGAAACACCCAUUUACUUUAGACUUUGUAUAAAACACUGAGAUUUGAAGUAUGUGAGAUUCACAGGAGAAAUGUCAGAAUUUUCCAAGCAAAAAAAUAUAAAACUAUACUAAUUUAAACCAAAUGAAAAAAAAAAAAAGAAUUCAACCUACCCUCAAACCAUUUUCAUGAGAAAUAUUCUGCUUAUGUAAGAAAAAUUUUUGUGUGUACUGGAAACAUAUAACUGAUUUUAAUUCUCUGUCCCUCUCUACUGCCUGCCUAAUCAAACUGCAUUGGAAUAAGUAAACUUAGAAUAAUUAAUACUCUGAAGGUGUUUGCUUCUGUUAAGUACUAAUCACUCAUCAUUCAUCAAAAAAUACUUGUAACUCCCACACACACUGUCAAAUUUACCAUAUUUAAAAAGCUAUAAAAUGUUGAUAUCCAUAAAGGAUAGUGAUUUUCAGUAUAUGGAAUGCUUUAUCCCAUCUCAAUAUUUGUUCAAAGUACUAAAGUCCCAUUUUGUUCAAAAUAGCCAUUAAAACAGGGAUUUACAGGUUUCUAUCAUCAUUUGCAGCUUUUUGCUUUUUUUUUGUUCUCACACAAAUAUUGAGUGUGUGGCUUGUCCAAAACUAUGUGUAUCAGGAAAUGUUCAAGAUUUCACUUCCUCCAUGCCUUCUCAUAUUCCUAAACUAAAACAUGAAAAACUGUCUUAACUGCUAAGACAUUACUGUCAACAAUACAAGGCUAGACAAAAUGCUAACAGUCAAAAUUCAUGUUAGAUUAAAAUACUCAGCUUUAGCAGUUCUCCUGACUCAAAUACAGAAGACAGUAAAAAUCUAUAAUAGUUUAUUUAUAAGGGUAAUUCUGACUAUAGGCUUCUGAGUUCAUAAUAGUAUCAUUUGAUACUUGAAAAAUCCCUGAUAUGUAUUGACUCCAGGAAAAGAAACUUGUCAUAAAUAUUGGAGAGCAGUGUAACUUUGUCUAUGUGUAGAUGAACAGGAUACUGGAAUAAGUUGUUAAAGAAAAAAAUUUAUUUAUUUUUCUUGUUUAGUUGCUUUCAUACUAGAAGUUAUUUUUAGAGUGUCUGAAUCCUAACAUGUUGUACUGGCAGAAUUAUUUGAUUGUUUACUCAGUCCCUUGCUGGAAUACAAAUUUUGGACAUACAUACCUUUUAUUUAACUUUGUUUCUACAAAAAGUAGCAUCUUUGGGCUAGGCUAUGUGGUACACCACUAGAGUAUUUUCCAGGAUGAUUUUGCCUCUCGACGUAUAGUAGGAAAUAUUUUUCAGUGUGAAUUAUUUCUUCAUAAAAUAAAAAAAUGUUGGACUCUGGACUGCUUAAAGUUAAUCUCUAGUUAUUUUAUCAAACCCUCUGAUACUGAUGUAUGGUCUGUCCUAGCUUCUGCUUUCACCUGCCUGUUUUGAACAAAAAGGAUUUCUUAUCUGGACACUAGAAUAAGACCAAAGCAGUUGUGAGUUUUCCAGUUUGAAAUGACUAAGGAAAUUACAUGCUGUACUCUGUUUUAAUUAAUGAAACUGCACGUAUGAGUGGAAACCAGUCCAGAAUACCUGAAGAUUUGUUAUAAAGAAGCUGAAAUUACAUGGUUAAAACACUUUGGAGUAUCACCAUUUAGCUUACAUUCUUCCCACUAUACCUAAUUUUUCACUUCAAGAAAAGUCAGAGACUACUCUCAAAAGAUGGACAAAUUAGCAGGAAGGAUUUCUUCAGAGACAGGGUUUGUGAUUACACUGUUACUGGCCUGAAUAGGCUGAAGUCUUGUUUUGCAAAAUUCUGAAACUCAUUUAACUGUUCAGGAAAUCCAUGAAAGGCUGAUGAUUUUGGGUGCUCUGAGCCCAUCUAUUGCAUUCAAUUUAAUGCAACUCACAUUAUGAAAUUACUUUUUGGACUAUUUAAGUUGAAAUUUUGAAAAAAACAUUCUGAAGCGUAAUAAAACAAAUAGGUAGGUAAUGGGAGUUACGAAGAAAAUAAGAUAGAUAUUUAUGCAAAUGGCCUGAAGUUAAAUUAUUUUGAAUUUUAGUCUCAAAUUGCUCAAAUUCCUUCAGCUGCCACAUCUUCCUAGAGAUGUCUAAAUGUUUGCUACUGAGAAUUGCCUCUGUUUUCUGAAUAAAACCUGCAUCUUGUUGCCAUACUUUGACUAGAAUAGAAUGAAUUCUGACAUGGUUUAAGCAUCAAGUAGGAGAAAGCCAAGUACUUGGCGCAACUUGUCUCCUGGGGCUUCACAUACAGUUACAAGCCUGUCUCCAAAAAGCUUUUGAUGGUCACAGAAAAACAGAAUGAACUAGGUUGGAAAAGACUUUUAAGAUCAUCUAGUUAACCUAUGACCUUACACCUCAUCAACCACUAAGUGCCAUCUCCAGUCUUUUUUAAACACGUCCAGGGGUGGUGACUCCACCAUCUCCCUGGGCAGAUGACUCCAGCACGCAAUCACUCUUUCAGUGAGGAAUUUCUAACAUCUAACCUAAACUUACCUUGGCGCAGCUUAUGACUGUCCACACAUUCUGUCAGUUGUUGCCUGGGAGAAGAGAUUGACCCUCACCUGACUACAAUCAUCUUUCAGGAAGUUGUAGAGAGUGAUGAGGUGUCCUGGGUUGGCAAUAUAAGGGUUAUAUCUCCAACCGUCUGUUCUAUUAUGCUGAAUAAUAAGCUUUGCACCUUUAAGACUUGUUCUGAGAGCGAGGGAGGGGAGAGAAGAAGCGUGCAGUUUGUUUUCAGACACUGUACUCCUCAAUAUGCCCGUGACUAGACUAUGUUGUCUGCAGAUGGACAGACUGCAGGACAGAGCUCUCCUUUGCUUUUAGUUAGUUUUAACUAGCUGAGGCAGUGAAGUUCCCUGGACUGUGGUUUGUCUUUUCUUUGGACCUGUUUAAACCUGCUCUGGACUGAACACCCAGAGGAGCACCGGCAGCUCACACCUGUGGCCCACCACGCCGGGCCUGGCCUGCAACAAUUCCACUGCUGGAGGGACUGAUCAGAGACUGAGUGAGCUAAGCUACAGCCCACGAAGGGGACUUUUUGGAGUUUGUAAUUUCUUUUGAAGUGGCAAGAAGUUUUAUUGUUUAAUAUUGUUCAUUUUUUGUACUAGUGAAUGCUUUGUCUGUUAAAUAAACAGCUUUUUCCACUUUUCUCCAAAGAAUUUUUUUUCCUGAACCAGGUGGGGGAGGGGCCGCUUGAAUUUGCUUUCUAGAUGAAACACCUUUAGGGGUUUUUCUCCCAAAAUUGCCCAAUUGCCUUACCCUAAACCAAGACAAAUACAGUUAUUAACACUCAAUGUGGGGCUCCAGAAAGUGGAAGAAUCCUGUACUAUUACAUUUUAGUUGUACUUACUCUAUAUUGUGAUAAAGCAGUCAGUAACCAUGUUGCUGAAAUUCAUAAUGUCUCUCAGGGUGGAGGCCUUCAUGUAUUUCUGAUCCCUUAGUUUUCUUGAGGUUUUAAUACCUUUCUGGUCCCUAGUAUUAUUUUCUUAUCCAAAAAUAACAACAAUAUUCUCCCUAACAUAUAGUUUUUACAGUACAGGAACACAGAAUAACUAUUUUGCUAACCUCUGUAAUAAUGAUUUAUAGAGAGUUUACAAAAGUGUAGGAGAGACAUUCUGUGCUGUUCUUGUGAGCCAGCAAAAGCCUCCUGAAGAUAAAGGAAAGCCCCAUAUCUCUCCUGAGGAAGACACCAAGGUUGUCACCAUGGAGACGUGAUGAAGGAAAGAAAGUUAAGAGAUACAGACUCUAGCUGGCUCAAAGAAUGACGUGGCUCCUUGGUCACCCACUGAGAACUUUGUUUCUUUCCUAUAACCAAUGAGCAGUGAAUGUGUAUGUUGGAUGAAUGUAAAUAUCUUGAAAAAGUAUAAAAGCAACAUGUUGCUGUAAUAAAUCUCUCUUGCACCCUUC